AUGCAAGUCACCUUCAGAGACUUGAAGAAGCAAACCGUACAGGUUGACGUCGAGCCUUCCGACUUGGUUUCGCUGGCCAAGGAGAAGGUCGCCACUGCAAAGGAUGUCGAUCCUCUGCAAUUGAAGUUCGUUUACUCGGGUAAAGUGCUUCAGGACGAUAAACCUUUGCUGGAUUUCAAAAUCAAGGAAGGGGAUUCUAUCAUAUUUAUGGUGGGCAGAAGAAAACGCCUACGCCUCAACCAGCUGGUGACAAACCCAAAGAGAGUAAGAGUGAAGAUAAACCCGCUACUGCUUCUGGUGCUUCUGGUGCUUCUGGUGCUAAUACAUCUUCAGCUGCUCCUGCUGAAGGUGAGACGACUGGCGCUGCUGAUUUUAGCUCUGGCUCUGAGAGAAGCGGCCAUCCAGAACAUGUUGGAGAUGGGCUACGAGCGUCCUCAAAUCGAACAAGCGUUGCGUGCUGCGUUCAACAACCCGCAUAGAGCUGUAGAGUAUUUGCUCACGGGAAUUCCAGAGUCGUUGGCUCGUCCAGCGCAACCUCAGGCGCCCGCUGCUGCCCCCAACACCGAGACUUCUACAGACGCUGCUGCCCCAACUGAGCAAGACACCUCGAGGGAGGAAGCACAACCUCACGAGAACAUGUUUGAGGCUGCUGAGGCUGCAGCUGCCGGCGAACGUGGCGAAGAUGCCCACGCAGAGCCUAACCUUGACGAUCACAGCAGCCAAUUGGCUACCCUCAGAGCGGCGCUUCAAAGUAAUCCUGAGUUGAUCCAGCCAAUGUUGGACCAGCUCGCUGCAUCCAACCCACAAAUUGCAGAGAUGGUUGAACAAGAUCCUGAGGGCUUCAUGAGAACCUUUUUGGGCACUGGCGGUGACGACGAUGACUUGGGAUUUGAAAUCGAAGGUGAAGGCGGUGAAGGUGAACAAGAAGAAGGCACUGUCCGUAUUACGUUGACUGAGCAAGAUGAGAGCGCCAUAAAUAGAUUGUGCGAGUUGGGCUUCGAGCGUAACUUGGUAAUUCAGGUCUACAUGGCGUGUGAUAAGAACGAGGAGGUUGCUGCUGACAUCUUGUUCCGUGACACUUAG